AUGGAGUCCGACGAUGCAGAUAUUCCUACAUACCAGCCCGUUGGUAAUGUUCAGGUGUCCCCAAAUUCUGGAAGGAGGACAUUUAUUCCAGAUGUUGAUGAUUUGAUUAAACCUCAGAUGCAUAUGACGUUUGAUUCGCUGGAAAAUGCGUAUCUUUUUUCCCAAAGAUAUGCUAAGGCGGGAGGUUUCACAGCUAGGAAGGGUACUCAAUACGAGCCUCGAAAGGGUUUAAUACUUAAUAAAUGGUUCGUAUGCUCAAAAGAGGGUACUAAACCCUUAAAGGCGAUUGACUCGACCCAGGAAGCUGGUAGUUCUAAUGUUAACUCGAAGUCUAAGAUUACUCGCAGGGUUCCUUCUAUAAGGACCGGAUGUGAAGUGUGCAUUCGGGUUAAGUUAAUAACCCCGGAUAAUCUUUACGUGGUUUAUUACUUCGAGGAGUCGCAUAAUCACUCAUUUGUUGCCGAAGAUGACAGGUACUUGCUUCCUGAAAACAGAUCUAUGAAUUACGUACAGGAAGAAGCCGUGAAUGCUUUGAGUGCCACAAACGUUGGUCCAGUUAGAGCGUUUAACAUUAUGAGGACUCUUUAUGGAGGUUUCGAUAAGGUAGGCGCAACUAAAGUUGACUUCAAGAACUUUAAGAGAGACUUAAAUAGGUAUAUAGCUGAGUACGAUGCUGACAUGGUUAUCAAACGCCUAAGAAGGAAGAAAGAAUUUAUGCCCAAUUUCUCUAUGGAAUACCUUACAACUGCCGAGGGCGUUUUACGUGCGUUGUUCUGGGCCGAUGGUGAUACAAAGAGAAAUUUUAAUAUUUUUGGGGAUGUUGUGUCGUUCGAUGCUACUUAUCGUCGUAACAAGUUCGUAUCCUUCCUUUGUUUCUAG